AGUUUGGUAUUUGCAGUAGUUUUGCUGUUGUAUGUGUAGUGUUGUUGCAGUUGUACCACUGAUGGGCUGACGCGGACGGGACGGGAAGCGCCUCCUGACCCGGGACUGGAGCGGCGGCGAUGCGGAAGUAGCUGUGCUGCCGGGCGAUGCCGCGCUCGGCGCCUCGCCGGCUCUCGGGCCUCGGGCCGUGGCGGGAGCUGCUGCUGCUGCCCGGGGCUCGGCUGCGACCGCCCGCUGGCGACAUCACCAGCGGCAGCGGCCGCCUCUUCCUCUACCUGUCGCGGGAGCGCCGGCUGCUAGGCCUGGAGCCCGGGCCCCCGCCGACCUCGGCCCCGCCGCUGCCGCCGCUUGACAGGCGCCUGGCACCGGCCCAGCACCUGCUGGAGGUGCUGGAGCUGGUGGAGAGGCCGUGCCAGGAUCAGGACCAGGCCCCGGGGCCGCCGCCCACCCUCCUCCUCACGCAGCAGGGCCGCGCCGAGCUGUGGGCGCCGGCGGGCGGCGGCUGGAGGCUGCAGCGGGAGUUGGAGCUGAGCCCUGGACCGCGGGCCCGCCUGCUGUCCGCCGCCUGGGACGGACGCGCCCUCACCUGGUGCGAGGAGAGGCGGUGCGGAGCGGCCAGUCAGCGCUGCGUCUGCAGCCGCCGCCUGGGGCCCGGCCUGGAGCUGCCAGCCGCUCGGCUCCUCCUGAACAACUGCCCCGACUGCCGGCUGCUGGCGGCCGGGGGCGUCGUCUACCUGUUGCCCGCCAGCGCGCCCGACAACAGCCUCAACCCUGGCAACGGCCUAGGCAACUCUCCUAGCAACGGCCUCAUCCCCGGCAACUCUCCUAGCAACGGCCUCAUCCCCGGCAACUCUCCUAGCAACGGCCCCAGCAACUCUCCUGACAACCGCCUCAUCGAUGGCCAAUGCAAUGGUUCCAUCCAUGGCAACCAUCCUAGUAACGACACCGUCCCUGUCAGCGGUUCUGAAGACAUCCUCGUCUCCGGCAAUGGAACCGAUAAAAGACCAGGCCCUUGGAACUGUCCCGACAACAGACCGGGCCCCCGGGACUAUAUAUGCAAUGGCCACGCAUCCAGCGACGGUUCCUAUGGUGACCAGGGCCCCUGCCACACGAGUAACCUGGACAAUUUAAUCCUGGUGUGGAACCCGCAGGAGGACAGCUGGACCAUGACCAGCCUGAGCCACGGACCCCUCUUCACCAAGCGCCUGCUCCCUGCUAACACCGACUUCCAGAAGCUGGUGGCUGGAGCCGCAGGUUUGCUCCCCAGUCUGCCGCCACUGGACCUCCGGGCGGUCAGCGCGAGUCCGGUCGGGCUGCUGGUGGCUGGCGGCGGCGGUGAACUCAGCCUCGUGCGGAGCGAUGGGACGGUGCGCCUCCUCGGCCGGCUGAGCCAGAUACCGCCGGCCCAGGCCUCAAUCCUGCUGCGCCUGAGCGGUACAACCUUGGCCUGCGCCGUGGGCCGGACAGUGCACCUGCUGGACAUGCAGACAGGCAGAGCCACAGAGACGACCCUGGAAUCUGCACCCUUGGCCCUGCUGAGCUGCCAGGACACGGGCGAGCUGCAAGCGCUGACGGAUAACGGCCUCUACGGCCUGUGUUUGGGGACGGUCUCGGAGAACGGGCAAGGCCAGAAAGACAGUGACUACCUGGAGAACCUAGUGCUGGAGGAGGCCUGCGACUACUACCAGAAGCGGAGCCUGAGUCGCAGCCGGCUGACGGUGGAGAGGCUGAAGAGCGAAGCCGCUUUCCGGGCCCCUGCCGUCCUGUGCUCUGUCCUGAGGGGCCGGCUGGGCCUCACGGAAGGCUUUGGGACUGGGCGUGGCUCUGCGAUUGAUUCAGGAUCUGGCUCUAUCUCCGGCCCCGGGCUUGGGCCUGACACCCAGGCCAAGCUCCAACGCUGCCUGUCCGGGGAAGUGGAAAACUACGCUGGGCUGGAGGAAGCCAAACGACACCUGUCGAGGUCAAGCGAGCCCCAGGCUUCGGCUUGGGUGGAGGAGAUCGCAGGGCAGGAGGUGUCCAGGCUGCUACUACUACCGCCUGACCACUGGGCCAUAAUCAACCUGGGCUCCCUCGCCGCCUCCUACCCUGCCGAGACUUGGCAGGCCCUCAGCCGAGCUCUGCAGCUGCGGCCCGCGGCGGAGGACAGGCCCGGGGCCUCGGUCACCGCCACGGCCGAACAGUGGAAGGCCCUGCUCAGCCCCCCGGCUUCGCCCGAACAGUCCGCGGCCUUUGAGCUGGCCUGCGGCCUGAUGUACCGCUUCCGCCCCGCCUGGCUGCCCGGCUUCCUGGAGCAGGCCCAGGGCCUAGCCACCUACCACGGCCGCCCACUCUACAAGCGUGCCCUGUCCGCCCUGCCCGAGGCCAGCCGCUCGGCCCAGAUGGCCGUGGAGCUGUUGCUGUGCAGCCAGAGGCCCAAGGCGGUGCUGCAGGCAGUGAGGCUGCUGCUGGAGCGAGGCCUGUGGGGCCAGGCCCUUAAGGCCUGCCAGCGCUUCCAGGCCCACGGGCCCCUGCUCCGUAAGGAACUCUUCGCCACCCUCCUGUCCCAGCUGUGCCACGGCCGGGAGCUCGACCCCUUCCUGCCAGACAUCUGCAGCCUCCUGCCCCCCGAUGCCACCGCCCCCGCCCUCCUCCAGGCCAUGCUGGUUUCCCUGCCUCCUCCCGAGCCCCAGGCCGGCCCCUACCCCGGCUCCAGAGACAUCCUCACCCUCGGCCUCCUACGGCCCCUCCUGGCCCGGGCGUUGGAGCGGGAAGAGGGGGGAUGGGGGCCCGAGGACUGCCAGCAGCCAGGGACCCUGGUCUUCCCCCCACCCACCCCACCACGGGAGAAGAAGGCAGCAGCAGCAGCGGAGGGGGCCUGCUGAGGGGCCCACGGCCUGGUGCUGACCAGUCAUGGGCAACACCCCCCAGAGGCCCACCACCCAGAUGUGGGGUAGGGCAGUCACCAUCGCCCAGCUGUGAGGGUAGGGCAGUCACCAUCACCCAGGUGUGAGGGUGGGGGCCGAUGCUGUCUUCCAGAUAUGCGAGGAGGGGAGUCAAUGUUGCCCAGAUGUGCAAGUUGGUGAUUCUUCCCUCCCCAUGGACUGAAGCCCAUGUGCCUAACUCCCUCCCUACCAUUGGUGGGCCAGAUGUGACGUUGUGGAUAGACUGACGGUGAAACAUGUUCAGCCAGCGAUCGAUGGGGUCUGAAACUCAAUAUCUGGAAGAGCACAAGAGACAGUAAUCCCCACACACCCCAGCCCGACACGUAAACCACAACCAGAAACACUGUGACUGAGCACGCUACGGGUCAGGUGGAAUUCGAUCGCUUAUCAACAUGGACUCGAUGGGUUGAAUGCCCUCCUGGGCUGUGUGGUUGCCUCAACUUCACUGGACAUUGUGAUGGCGCGUUGUGUUUCUAAGCUGGCCAGCGGAAUUAAAUCACCCGAAUCGUCUUCCAAAGAAGAAAACUGAUCUUUCUCAACUGUGUUGUCUUGUUGUAACAAAGAAAUGCAAAUGCUGGUUUAUGCCAAAGAUAGACACAAAGUGCUGGAGUAACUCAGCGUGUCAGACAGCAUCUCUGGAGAAAAACGACGCGUGACUUUUCGUGUUGGGACACUUCUUCACACUUGUUGAUGCACUUUCGCUAAGAUUGUAUCAACGUGGGGAUAAGGCAAGACCUCGACGCCCGACCCAGUCUCCAGAGACCUCGCCCGGACCAGCGUUUGGCUCUGUAGAGCUGGUGACCACAGCACUGCCCGUUCCUUUGCUAUGUGCUGGCAGCAGGCACGCUUCAGAUACCCUCGCUCUGCUGUCGAUCUCAGGAGAGGUGACAUUAAGGACCAUCUGGCAUGAUAUAGACUCUGUCCAGUUGCCCUGAAGCAAGAAGAACUUAGUGAGACCACCAGUCCAAUCCCACCAUAGCUGUACGUUCAUCCCAGGAAGAGCUACUCUUGACUACUGUGAAAUUAUUUAACUGCUGAUUUCCUCCCUUGACUGCAUUUAUAACCGCUGUACUCUGGUGAUAAGCUCUUUGCAAUGGCAACUGGUUAGAUAAAUGCCAAACUUGUAUUAACUUAAUUGUUGAGUAAGAACAACCAACAGCAUCACAGGGCCGGGACCAUCUCAUAAUAUCAAUUGCACAGAUAAAAAUUGUCCGACUAAUUAGAGCCCUAACUGCACAUCGUGGGAGAGGGGAAUGAGAUGAGACAUGGUUGAUUUUAAAAAUUGUUUAUAAACCUCAUCUGAAAUUACCCUGUCACCAAGACGAGGUACUUGCAACCUCUCACGUCCACAUGUUCGUGUACCGAGUUGAAGUUGUUCCUGGUCCCUCCUAGAGGAAUCUCAAAAGAUCAAACUCUAGAUGAACUCAGCGGGUCAGGCAGCAUCCAUGGGGAGUAGUAGACAGGUGAUGUUUCAGAUCGGGAGCGCUACGCAAAAUGCUGGAUUUACUCCGCAGGUCGGGCAGCAUCUCCCGAGGGAAUGAACAUACAACGUUUCGGAUCGGGGCCCUUCCUCAGACUCCAAUCGGACUCUGAUUGAUCUGAAACAUCGCCUGCCCAUUUCUCUCCCCAGAUGCUGCCUCACCAGCUGAGUUCAUCCAGCACUUUGUUCUUUUUUUUGCUCCAGAUUUCAGCUCCUGCAAUCGCUUGUGUUUCUGCCUUGCCUCCUUUUAUGUCAGUCUUUGCUGGUGAAUCUUCAAAAAAAAAGGCCAGUUCUGAGAUUUGUUUUUUAAUCUGUAUUUAAGUGCACAAGGUUUAGGAAAUCGAUCAUCGGACUGCAGAAAUGAGCGGCCUUGGUUAAAGCCUUCUAUAAUAGACUCCACCAUUGUUCGGGCUAGUUAUGUCUCUAGUAACCUGGUUAAGUCUCCAGUAACUUGGUUUUGCUAACCAGGGCGUUUCCAAGUGGCCAGGGAGCAUGUGGGAGCUUUGGCUUGAGAUCCCCAGACAUGAUGGGAUGAAGGGGUGAUCUUGAACUACUACCUCCCCUCCCCAUUGAAUGAGUCAGACUGGGUGGGGUUAACGACAGAUAUGCAUGAGGGAUGGUAGAUUUCUGAGCAUAUACAACACAACAUUGGUUGAUGCUUUUCAUGGGAGAGGUUUCAGGUUGAGGUUUACUCUUGUCACAUGUCCCGAGGUUCAGCGAAAAGCUUUGUUUUGCAUGCUAUCAAAACGGAUCAGAUAAUACCAUACAUAAAUACAAUCAAUUCAAACUUAAGUACAAUCGGUAGAAUAGGAACAAGGAACUGUCCAUGCUGGUUUACAAAAGAAUACACAACUUGCUGGAGUAACUCAGCAGGUGAGACAGCCCCUCUGGGGAUCAUGUGUGGGUGACACUUCGAGUCGGAAACCUUCUUCAGACUGAUUGUAGAGGGGAGGGGCACUGGAGCUGAAAGAGAGUAGGGGGAAUCAAAGAUUUGUCCUGCCCCACCUCUUCCCCCCCCCCUCCCCCCCCCCCAUCACAACCCUGAAACAUCACCUAUUCUCCAGAGAUGCUGCCUGCCUGAACCGCUGAGUUACUACAGCAUUUUGUGUCUUCUCUAAUAGAUAGAGCACUUGAUUUUGAAUUGAUUAUAUCUAUCUAUCUAUUGUACUUGAGUUUGACUUGAUUGUAUUUAUGUAUAGUAUUAUUUGUUUGGCUAGAAUGCAAUAGCAAACUUUACACUGUACCUCAGCACAGGUGACAAUAUUAAACCCAAACCUAAAAGAAAGCCCCAAUCUGAUUGCCACUUAAGGAGCAAUCUUUGACCCUGAUUCCAGACACUAAAAUUCCAGCAUCUCCUACAUUUGCAUCCUCUAGGUGCUGACUCCAUGUCUGUCUCUGAUUCUCUGUGUCGGACAGAGAUGCAUUCACCACUGUGCCAAUUCACCUGGCCCUGUGUUCGAAUCAGUCCAGCUUGCACAAUCAGUGUUACUACUUGUGUGCAUGAUUUAAUGCAAGUGUUGAAUAUUUAUGCAACUGUACAAAUCAGACAUUUAAUUAGCCUCCAAAUAAAGUGUUUGGUGAUGUUACUGUCCGUGUUCAGAUCAAUGCUUUCAAUGUUAAUAAAAAUAUAUUAUCCUUGCA